ACUAAGUAGUCUGCUGGUGAUAACUGCUGAUUGUUGUUUUGAACUGAAAUAUUCCAUUAUGGACAGGUAAAAAUGGGUUAAAUGCAUUUUUAGGAUUGAUAUAAGAAAACUAGAAUUGGUAUGACAGUUAAUUCCCUUCGUAAGUCCAGCAAUGAUGAGGAAGUGAUUUCAUUGGCUAAAACAUUGAUUAAGACAUGGAAAAAACUUCUCUCUGGUUCACCAAGUCCAAAAGGCGAUGGAUAUGGUAAUAAUAAAGAAAAAUCAGAUUCUCCUCCAAGUAGCAGCAGUUCAGGCAGUCAAAAGAGUAGUCCUAGUGAAUUCAGUCCUUCACAGAAGCUUUCAUCAAUUACAUCUUCAAAAUCACUUCCUAAACAAACUACCUUUCCUUCAGAUACAAAAGACACAGUACGUUUGAAAUGUCGAGAGAUGCUAUCUAAUGCGUUAAAGGGAGAUGGCAUUCCUGAAGAUUCAGAAGAUCCAGAUGAAUUGGCUGGUAAAAUAGAAGAUAGUAUUUAUAAUGAAUUGAAAGAUACAGGCAUGAAAUAUAAAAACAGAAUACGUAGCAGAAUUUCAAAUUUAAAAGAUGGUAAAAAUCCAAAUCUUCGUCUUAACGUUUUAAGAGGUGCUAUAUUACCUGAAAAACUUGCUUCUAUGACAGCUGAGGAAAUGGCAAGUGAUGAAAUGAAACAAUUACGUCAAAAGUUCACAAAAGAAGCUAUUAAUGAUCAUCAGAUGUGUGUGACUAGUGGAACAAAAACAGAUCUUUUGAAGUGCCCUAAAUGCAAAAAGAAUAAUUCAACUUAUAAUCAAGUUCAAACAAGAAGUGCUGAUGAACCUAUGACUACCUUUGUUUUGUGCAAUGAAUGUGGAUUUAGAUGGAAAUUUUGCUGAAGAACUGAUGAAGCAGCAAGCAUUUUAAUCAUUUUGUUUAAUUUUUCACAAUCAUCACACGAACAGCUCCUUAAGUUUAGGAGAACUUUGACAGAAUGGCAAGAAUUUUAUUUUUCAUUUACCUAAAAUUUUGCUUGAAAUGUUUAAAGACGGAACCAAAAAGAAAAAAGCUAUUAACCUUUAACAUGGCUUUUGCAAAAAGUAUCACCGUACCAUCUCGGAUAUAUAUUUCUAAAAAUGAAUUCUGUAUUUAAAUACUUGUGAUUUUUGAAAAAUUGCCCAUUAUCAGCCAGUAAGAUUUUCUCAUUUGGGUUUUUAUUGCAAGGAAUUUUAGAUUCCGUUGUAAAUAAAAUAUUCUAAUGCAGUCAAAAUAUAUACGUUGGAAUUUUGUGUGAUAUAUAUAUAUGCAGUUUAUAUGAUAUAAAUGGCAACAUUUAUAGACACGGUUGCAUCGGAAGUAAUGGUAAUCCUUACCUUAUGGCCGAAGUUAUAUACAUAUAUAACUAACUGUAUAAUACAAAAAUAUUUUACUUUAUAUAUAUAUAAUAUUAUUUAAUAUACAUUUAUUAAAAAACAAAGAUAAAUCUCCUUACAAUUGAUGAUGAUAAUUCUGUUUAACAAAAAUUAUCCAACAGAUUGAAAUUUCAUUCCAGAUUGUAAUGUUUUAAUAUAAAUUUUUUAGACUGAAUGAUUGUAUAGAGAGCGACAAUUCAUACAUAUAAAGUUACAGUUAAAAAGUUAUUAAAAGAAAUUAAGUUUUUGUUUGUAUGAUUAUUAAUAUGUUUGCCUUUUUAUGAUAAGUUUGCAAAGCAUUUUUAAUAUAUAUACAUGCUAUAUAUUUGAUUAUUUUGAAUUUCUUGUGUAGUAGUAACAUCUCGUUUCAGUUUGAUUUUGUGUACUGUUGAAUUAGCAUUUCUUUUUAUUUUUAAUGGCUGACAUUUGAAGCGGUCUGUUACCUUAAGACAUAUAAUGUUUGAAACUAUGCAUUCCUCACGCACAACAAAAUGUUUUACUACCAGUUUCUUAAUUACAAAUACGUAAAAUGUGUUUAAUUAAAAUGUAAUUUCUGUCAAUACGAAAGUAAGAUGUAGAAGAGGAGGAGGAGAAGAUAAUUUAUAUAAUGUUAAAUCAAAAAGUAAUUAAA